AUGGUGCUUAUUCAUUAUAAAAAAACAGAAUUCAACUAGUUUUUGCAUGAAACCACAAACGAAACAAACAUAGAAUAAGUGAUUGCAGAUUUGGUAGAAAUUAACAACUUGAGAAUUGUUUUAGAUAGACUUGCAGUUAGUGUAGAAGACUUGGCAACUCAUGGUGUAAUGAAACCCGAAGAAUUAAGAGGACUUUCUGAUGCUGAAACUUGGAACUCUGCAAUGGAACUUUAUCCACCUGAGAAAAAGUAAUAGUGGAAUUUUAAGCCUUAGGUAAAGCCAGGCUAAAGAUAUAAUGAAGACAAAACUGCAUACAGAUAUGGUAUUAUUUUGGGAGAAGAAACCACUAAUACUAUGAUCAAUGCAGCAAACCAAGCAAAAGAAGUUAUUUCAAAAAAGAAUGUUGAAAACAAAGUAGUCUUAAAGGUCGAAGUUUUAAAAGAGCAAGUUAAUUUAUUGAGAGGUGCUGUAAUGAUUGGAUAUCCUGGCUACCACGGUUUACCAGAAUGGGAACCUGCUAGACUUAUCUUAGAAAACUAAUUUGACUUCACAGAUCGUGAAUUCGAUAUUGGUGAUUAUUUAGAUAUUAAAAAUGCAACUUUAUGGUGGGCUGGAAAGGAGCUUCUCAGAGGAAAGUUAUUAAAAGAAUACACAGGAAAAAAUGAAAAAACUAAAAUUAUUGUAAAGUUAUAAAAAGCUGGUAGCGGUGCUCCAGUUAGAGAGCCUGCUAUUGACUAAGAAACCCAUAAAAAAAUGCUUGCUUAUUACUAUAAAAAAUAAGAAGAAUAAAAAAAAUUAGAAGAUGAUGAUGAAGACCAAUACAUGAACAGUGCCUGGGCUAACCCUAAGAUGCUUAAAAAUUAAUUACACGGAGUUAACUCUGAUAUAGCAUGGAAAGUCGGAAAGAAAUGA